AUGAUCAAAAAAAGAGAACAAUAUCCACGUAUAUACAGCAUGUAUAAACCGGUAUACAUUCUAAUAGACUUCGUUUCGUGUUUUCAUUGCGCCACUCUUCCACAUAAGGCGAGGUACGUACAUGAUGAGCAUUUGUUAACUUUUUCUUACGAAGAAAAUGCAAAUGAUCAUCAUGAUCAGCGAUAUUGGUGUGACAUAUGCGAAAGAAAAAUAAAAAUAAAAACUGGGUUAUAUGCAUGCAAUGAGUGUGAAAUCACAGUUCACGUGGACUGUUUGUUAGGCAAAGAUCCGUAUUUGAAAUCUGGACAAAGUUUCACAUCCAAGGAAGGUUCAAUUUCUGCACAAACGGUCAAUGUUCUUCCCAACACUUAUUCAACUCGACCUAAAUAUAGAGAAUGUGGGAAACGUUGUCCGUAUAAAAUACUUAUAGAGUUUUUAUUCAUUAUGAGAAGCAGGAUGGGUACAUUUUCAUAG